AUGAGGCAGCAGCCGGCAGGAUCAUCGGCCUCAUCGGGCAACAAGACCAAGGCCGGAGGCGUUGGCGGCCAAUCGGGGGCCAGCAACAAAGGAGACCUCAAGGCCGCCCAGGGCAGCAAGGGCCGAACGGGUGAUGCCGCUCCCCCCGCCUCCGGUUCGUCCUCGUCCUCCGGCAAGCCUGCCGCAAAGGCUUCCCUUGCGGAGGACAAGUCAUACCGGGGCAAAGUUCUGCCAGGCAAUACCAUGAAGGGAAACGGCGUCACGUACCAGGUUGAUCGCAUCGUUGGUCACGGUUCGUUUGGCGUCGUAUUCCAGGCAACCACCAUCGGCACGGGCGAAGUAGUCGCCAUCAAGAAAGUCCUACAGGACAAGAGGUUCAAGAACCGCGAGCUGCAGAUCAUGCGCCUGCUAUCACACCCGAACGUGGUGGCUCUCAAGAACAGCUUUUACUCGAGCGGCGAUAAGCCUGACGAACUCUAUCUCAACCUGGUGCUCGACUAUGUCCCGGAAACGGUGUACAGGGUCUCUCGGCACUACACCAAGAUGAAGCAAACUCUUCCGCCUAUUUAUGUCAAGCCUCAAAACCUGCUGCUGGACCCUCAGUCCGGCAUCCUCAAGCUGUGUGACUUUGGCAGCGCCAAAGUCCUCGUCAAGAGCGAGCCCAACGUUUCCUACAUUUGCAGUCGCUACUAUCGUGCUCCCGAGCUUAUUUUCGGUUCUACCACCUACAACACGGCCAUCGACAUUUGGUCCAUGGGCUGCGUGCUGGCAGAGCUACUGCUUGGCCAGCCUCUCUUUCCGGGCGAAAGCGGAGUGGAUCAGCUGGUGGAGAUCAUCAAGGUCUUGGGCACACCCACACGCGAGCAAAUUCAGGCCAUGAACGAGCACUACACCGAGUUCAAGUUCCCCCAAAUCAAGGCCCAUCCCUGGAACAGAGUGUUCAGGUCGCGGACCCCGCCGGAAGCUAUUGACUUGGUGUCGCGAAUCCUUCAGUACGACCCAACGUCGCGCGUCUCUCCGCUUGAGGCCUGCGCCCACCCCUUUUUCGACGAACUCCGCGACCCCAACACCGUCCUUCCUUCGGGCCGGAAGCUUCCCAUCUCCCGCCUCUUCAACUUCACCUCAGCCGAGAUGACGGGCUACAGCCACCUGUACAGCAAGCUCGUCCCAGAGUGGGCGCGCGGCGGAGUGCACGAGGACGAAGACGACGGAGCAGAGCACGAAGCCGAAGCCGACGAUGGUGACGAAUCCGCGCCCAACACCUCGACCAGCGACAACUAA